GUUUCUAUUUCCAUCGGUCGUCGCCGUCGCCUCUUUGGGUCUUGUAAUAAUCGCGUGUGGAGCGCGUGUUGUGUAGUACAACUAUAAUAUCAUUUCACAUUGGAACGCGUGCUGAUAGACUAGUCGCUAGGUUUUACUUAAUCGCCUCCGCAGAUACCGAGAGAUAGUAUUUUAACAAUAUUGUUAUUUUUUAUCCGUCGUAAUUACAGUUUUUUCACUCGUGUUUUGGCGGAGCGUAGUUCUAAAGUCAGCAAUUUUAAUUUCACUGUGAUACAUAGUUUGUGUUGACUGUUUAAAGAUAAUUUUUAUCACAAUAAAAAAAUUCCGAAAUAAGUUAUUAAAAAACGGAGAAAUCACUGGACUUGUUGAUGUCGUUCCGGUCUCAAAACAGUUAGCUCCCAAUUGAUACAUUGCUGUUACAUUUCCUGUACAAAAACUCCUUCGAAGUACCACUGGCCAAAAUGCCCAGCAAAAUGGGUUCCAAAACAGACCUUCCGGAGCUCGAGUCGUUCCUGUUGGACGACAAAUCCAAAAUGAGAGACACCGCGUCCAACAAGUUCAAAAAUGGCAAACAUCCAGAAAAAGGAGAAAUAGAAUACUUUGAUCCGUUCCUGGAAAGAAAUCUAGAACAUCCAACUACAGACUGUGAUACUCUUACUCACUUACUCAAGGCAUCCCUCGGCACAGGAAUUUUAGCUAUGCCUCAGGCUUUUAAAUGUUCAGGGUUACUUGUCGGUGUUUUCGCCACCAUUUUUGUUUCAUUAGUGUGCACAUUUUGUUCCUACACACUCGUUAAAUGUGCCCACAUACUGUACAGGCGAACUAAAGUAACGGCCAUGAGCUUUGCCGACGUCGCAGAAGUGGCGUUUGCUAACGGCCCAUCAUGGUCAAGGAAAUUGUCAUAUUUGUCCCGCCAAGUGAUCUUAAUCUUGCUCUUUGUCACCUAUUUUGGUACCUGCUGUGUAUACACUGUGAUAAUAGCCACAAACUUUCAACAAGUUAUUCUACAUUAUACAAAAGUUGAGGUUGAUAUUAGGUGGUAUAUACUAAUGUUAACCCUGCCACUUAUUUUACUGAGCUACGUGCCUAACCUUAAAUACUUGGCACCAUUUUCUACAUUGGCUAAUCUCUUGAUGGCCAGUGGUCUUGGUAUUACAUUUUAUUACUUGAUACAAAAUUUACCAGCCAUCAGUGAGCGACCCCAGUAUGGUACUCUGGACACUUUCCCCGCAUUUUUCAGCAUUACUGUAUUUGCCAUGGAAGCAAUAGGAGUGGUGAUGCCCUUAGAAAACAACAUGAAGACACCCAAACAUUUCUUAGGAGUAUUUGGUGUUUUGAACCUUGGUAUGGGCGGUGUUACUAUUGUUUAUAUUAUGCUAGGUUUUCUUGGCUAUCUCCAAUAUGGCGAAGGUACAAAGGACAGUAUAACUCUCAACUUGCCUACUGUAGAUAUAGCUGCUCAAUUGGCUAAGAUAUUUAUUAGUUUGGCUGUGUUUUUUACCUAUGGUUUACAAUUUUAUGUGUGCCUGGAAAUUGGAUGGAACCAAAUACAAGGAUGUUAUGAAAAAGCUAGUAUGUUCCAUAACUAUAUCUUAAGGACUAUACUGGUUUUGGCAUCUGUUGGUGUUGCUAUAGCUGUACCUUCCAUAAGUCCAUUUAUAGGACUUAUUGGUGCUUUCUGUUUUUCAUUGCUUGGUAUAAUAGCACCAGUUAUUAUCGAGUUGGCAACUUGUUGGGAUAAUGUUACGCUUUGGAUGAAAUUUAGAAAUUUUGUGUUGAUUAUUGUGGGGAUCAUGGCACUAAUAUUUGGAACAUCGAGCAGUGUAUCAGAUAUUUUAAAAUUAUAUUUAAGCACUAGUACUUCAGCAGGAGGGUUAACUAAUGGAACCUCAGUUGCUGCAGUUUGAUAGUGAUAAUGAAUCAUUGUCAGAGUUACAAUACUUAAUUGUAAAUGGCAAUUUGUAACAGUCAUUAUUAAAAUUUCAGUAUUCAGUUUAAUUUUAUAAAAUGUUUUUAAUACUAUUACUUUUUUUAAUGAGUAUGUGUGUAAAAUGUAAAAUCUAAAUACUGCACACAUACAAGAAUAAUUAUUAAUAUAAGUAUUAAAAAUUUGUUCUUUUUUAUGUAAGUUUAUGUUACAGA